AUGCAUGACUUAGUACAGGAAAUAAUGAACUGGGAAAGAUGUUAUUUGAGUGGUCGUCUACAGAAACCGGUACACAUACUUGUGGAUAAUCUGGAUACUGCAAAUACAAACUCUGUUAAUUUGAGGGCUGCAUUGUCUGCUGCUCCCCUCUUGAUUAGGUCUUUGAUUGUGCAGGAAGAUCUCUUUGCCAAAAUAUGUAGCCUUUCAUAUAUGGGAGAUUUGCGUGUGCUUGUUGCAGAGAAUAAUGCUCAGGUAAAGAAGAUUGUGCAAGGGCAGUUUGAUUUUUUCCGCUCAAUUUGUAAGCCAUUUCUUCAAGAAUAUUUGGCCAAAGACUUCUUGAGAGUCACAUCAUCUGGAAGUCACCAAGCAAAUAUAUCACAGGGUGGGACAAUUUUGUAUCAUCAAUUCGCUAAGGUUGAAGAGGUUCAGUAUCCCAUCUGGCAGAGAUGA